AUGAUGUCUUUUGCAAAAAGAGAAAAACCCAUCCUAAAAUUCAUAUGGAAUCUCAAAUUAUCCCAAAUAGCCAAAACAAUCUUGAAAACAAAGCUUGGAGGACCCAUACUUCCUGAUAUCAAAACUUACUACAAACCUACAGUAAUCACAACAGUGUGGUAUUGGCAUUAAGAGAGACAUACAAAUGAAUGAAAUAGACAGCCCAGAAAUGAACACCAUAUAUAUGGCAAAAUGAUUUUUGACAAGGAUGCCAAGACCAUUCAAUUGGGAAAGGACAGUCUUUUUAAAAAAUGGUGCUAGGGAAACUGGACAUCCUACAUGCAAAGUAAUGAAGUUGGAACCUUACAGAACAUCAUAUGCAAAAAUGAACACAAAAUGGAUAAAAGACCUAAGUAUAAGACAUAAAACAAUAAAACUCUUAGAAGAAAACAUAGGACAAAGCUUCAUGAUAUUGGAUUUGGUAGUGAUUUCCUGAAUAUGACACCAAAGGCAUAGGAAACAACAACAAAAAUAAACAAGUUGGACUUCAUGAAAAUUUUACAAUUUUGUGCAUCAAAAGACCCUAUCCACAGAGUAAAAAUCAAACCACAGAAUGAGAGGAAAUAUUUGCAAGUUGUAUAUCUGAUAAAGGAUUAAUUUCCAGAAUAUAUAGAGUACUCCUAAAAUUCAACAAUAAGAAAACAAACGGCCCGAUGCAAAAAUGGGCAAAGAACUGGAUUAAAUAUUUCUCCAAAGAAGAUACAAAAGAUGUGCAGUAAACACAUGAAAAUAUUCUCAACAGCACUAAUCACUAGGGAGAUGAAACCAAAACUUCAGUGAGAUACAUCUUCUACCAUGAAGAUGAAAAAACAAGAGCAUGUAGAGAAAAGGAACGCUGUGCAUUGUUGUUGGGAAUGUAAAAUGGUGUAGUCACUGUGGAAAACAGUAUAGCAGACCCUCAAACAUUAAAAACAGAAUUACCAUAUGAUCGAGAAAUUCCACCUCUGGGUAUCCACCCCAAAGACUUGAAAGUAGGGUCUCAGAGAGGCAUUUGUACAUCCACGUUCAUAGCAGCCUAUUCACAAUAGCUAAAACAUGUUAUCAACCCAAGUGUCCAUCAACAAAUGAAUUAUAGAUAAUCAAAAUAUGGUAUGUACAUACCAAUGGAAUAUUAUCCAGCGUUAAAAAGAAAGGAAACUGUGUAAUGUACCACAAUAUGGACUGUGCUAAGGACAAUAUGCUAAAGUAAAAUAAGCCAGCUACAAAAAGAUAAAUACAAUUUUGUGCAAGAUGUCUUUGCAACGCCCCCAAAAUGGACUGGUCUUGAAAGUAACUGUAUGUGUGGUGUUUGGAAAGAGGUAGGGGUUCUUAGACUCUCCUUCCCUUCCAAAGUUUCAGAAUCACCCAUGGGAGGGGUCAUGAGUCGUCCACAGGCUGAGAGCUUGACUCUGCGAUCUCACAAGUUUCUCCAGGCCGAGGACAACGAUGCUGUCAGCAUCAAAAAGCAAACUGGGCUUAAGGAAAUAAAGGGGUAGGUGAGGAAAAACCAGCUAAAUCCAGUCUUUGCCUAGCCAUUCCCUCUGGGGACUUCUUAUCUCUCGUGUCCUGAUUUAUGGCAUCACUGAUUCAUGGCUGAAUGGAGACUUUCCAGCCACCAAUAAUGUAAUAUUACCUGGGACAUCCAAAGUUCCAUGGUCAACUCAGGCUCCCUCAGAAGGAGGGAACAUUUUAUCAUGGAGCAGAGUCUAGUAUUUUUAUUAGACUAUCCCUUCCGGUCUACUGUUAAAUAUUUCUAGAGUGGAGUGUUUUAUGAUCAUUCCUCCCCAUUCCACCCCACCCUCCAUCUCUAAGUAUUUUUCCAUCUUUGUUAACAUACAGCAAAGCACCACAAACACAGAUUUAAGAUUUUGGUAGCAUGGAACUAAACCCACGGUACUACCAAGCAUGGGGAGUAGGUACAUUUUUUUUUUUUAAUGAGUAGAAUGCAUUUAUUGUUUUCCUUCUAGAAUUCAUAACCUGCUGCACAAGUAGCCCAGGAACUGCUGUGGGGGCAGGGAGGAAUUGUAGCAAUGCCAUCAGUGGGAUUUGACCCUGGAUUAGUUGGGAGUUUCCAGUGUGCUUCAUGUCCCCAGUGCUGGUUUAGGCAACGUGUUUAAUAAAUGUAGAGACAGCACCGACAAGCCCAUGUUGGUGGGCUGGCAAAGUGCAUCACUUCCCUGUUCUCAGAGCCCUAUAAUCUAGGCCACCCAACUCAAGAUAUCCAUACUUCCGUGUAUGCAGUUCCUCUCAUGGGGUAAACUGUAGCAUGGUGUGUAGAUGCAGAGAAGACACAGCCAUACUGCCCAGGUUCUGGGAGUAGGUACAUUUUUAAAAUGGGGGUGGGGGGAUGGGUCCAAUUAAAAACUGCUAGAAUGGAAAUUCAGAAGAGCACAUCAGGAAGAACCCGUGAAAGAAAUCUUCACUGAUGCAAUCAACACCAUAGGUUGAUAUAACUUCAAGAGAAACUUUAAAUGCCUGCAAGAAAGGAACUUGUGGUGAUGCCAAGAGACCCUGCACCUGUAAAUACCAUAUAGCAUGGUUCUUGGAUGAGCAGUAUCACCAUCACCUGGAUAUUGCUAGAAAUACAGAUUCUGCAGCCCUGCCCCAGACCUACGACUCAGGAGCUCUGGGAGGACAGGCCAGCACUCUGGGUUUUAAUAAGCCCUCCAGGUGGCUCUACUGUAUGCUCACAUUUAGGAAUCACUGACAGAGAGGGCCCAGGAUGAAAAGGACGACAGUAAGGAACAGAGCUGAUGCAGCAGAAUGAGGACUCCAACACGGCAACGAUGAACUUAUAUGACCCACCAAAGCCACAGUCAAAAUAUUGAACGUGGAAAGAGUGGAAACACUACUCUUAGGCCCUGGAAAUGGAAUGAGGAACUCUAAAAGGUGUGAUUAAGGGACAAGAGAAGAGGGAAAGGCAGCACUGUGAAAACCACAAGGAGGGAAAUACGUAAAGAACAUUUUCCUGACCAGAUUAUAAUCUCGGCCUGAGUUGUCGAGGGCUCUUAGAGUUUCCUUCCAGAGCAAUCCUCAAAGAAAGGGACCCGGGUGACAUUCGCCAACUGGAUUUUGUUUGGUUACUUACUUUGCUUAUUUUUCACCUUAUUUAUUCGGAUGCAAUCUCAAACUUAAUAGUAAAACUGCAAGAACAGGAAAAAAAGACCUUCUGAAUACCCUUUACCCAGAUUCACCAACUGUUUACAUUCUGCCCCAUGCGCCUUAUCACUCUUCUGUCUAUAUAUUUAUUACAUAUGUGUGUUUUCCUCUGAAGUAUUUGAAAGUAAAUUGGAGACACUAUGCCCCUUUAUGCCUAAAUACUUCAGUAUAUAUUUCCUAUGAAUACAUUCUCUUACAUGCCUUCCUAAAAUACAACACUCUCACAUAAUCACAGAACACUUAUCAAAAAUCAGGAAGUUUAACCUGGACACAAUAUUAUUAUCUAAUAUUCAGGGCAUAUUCAAAUUUUCUCAGUUGUCCCAAUAAUGCCCUUGUUAGCCAUUUUCUCCCUGAUUCCGAAUCUAAUCCAGGACCACAUGUUACAUUUUGUUGCCAUGUCUCCAUAGCCUCUUGCAGUCUGUAACAUUUCCUUUGCCUUUCUCUAUCCUUCUUGAUCUCGAAUACAGGCCAAGUGUUUUUUAGAAUGUCGCUCAACUUAGGUUCAACUAGUGUUUCCUCAUGAUGAGAUUCAGAUUAUGGAUCUGGGGGAGAAAUACCACAGGUGUGAUGUUGUGUCCUUCUCAGUGAACUGUAUCAGGAGGCACAUGAACUUGAUUUGUCCCAGGAUUGGUGAUUGUGCCACAGGCUAACUGGUCACCAUGCAGGGAGGAGAUUUGAGGAAUGCGUGUCCCACUUAGCUAAACUGACACAGUGGAAUCCGCCACACUAUAUAAAUAUCCUGUCCAUUAUCAAACUUCAAUCCGCUCAUUCUAGCAUUGUUUCUUCCCUUAUGCCAUCAUUCUUUCUCUAUUAUUUAGAAUUAUACCUUAAGGAGGGCUUUCUCUUCUCCCUCUGCUCACUUAUUUAUUCAUUUAUUUGUUUAUAUUAGUUCAGACUUACAGAGUUUUGUUUUAUGUUGUUCCAUAAUUUGUCAUAAUUACUGUCUUUGUUUUGAUACUCAAAUGGUCCUGUAUGUGGCCAGUGACAGCCAGUUCAGCCUUCACCCUAUAUCCUUUUGAUAUGUCACCAUCAUUCUUUGAGUAUCUCCUUACUUUCCGGUACAAGGUAUUCCAGGCUCAUCUGGCAUGCCUUCCCCAUCCUAGCCCUGGAAUCAGCCUUUUCCUCAAGUAGCCAUGGUUUCUUCUGAUGGAGACCAAGAUCUGGGCACCAAGUACAUUCAGUGCUGAUACGUCAUUGCUUCUAAGCAUUGUAAGAAGACAGAGCUGGAACACACACAGACACACAAACACACACACAUCUGCACAUGUACAUUCCCAUGUACAGACACACGUACACACACAUGCAUGAACACACACACACACACAAUGGUUACAUUCUGAUAUCGCUGGUCCCAAUUCUCUUUAACAUCAUAGGGCACUUUCUAGUCAUCCUCUCCCCCCCUUUCCAUAGUUGUAACUUCUUCUUCCAACAGUGGGAAACCUGGGCUGUGUUUGUCUUUCUCAUUGAUGAUGACUGGUUCCCAGAGGUUAUCAAGAAGAAAAGAGCAUUGACGGUGCCUUUAGACCUUUGCCCUCUGAUUUAACAGCAUCGGUGAGUUUUCAAGGAAAAUCUGUAGAGGCUAUAAACCUGUCACUGUUUACUCAGUGUCUGUCCUGGUUUACUUUUCCUUUCAAAGAAGUGGUUCUCAACUGUGUGCAUGGCAUGUUUCCUGUGAACCCUGUCCUAGUUGCUGUGCCAGAUUCAUUGCUGCAAAACUGAAUACACCUGCAAUAACACCGGCAUUUGGCAGAAGGGGUGUAUUGAGCUGAGAGGGGUACUAUCUGUCAUGAAUCUAAGAUAAGGGGAAUAAGUCAAGCGAUUACAGAGAAGACUGCAUAUUUUUUGAAAUCUGUAAGAACUCUGAGUUCACAUAGACUCAAUAAACUGCCCACACACAUAGCAGCCAGCUCCAAGGGGCCACGAAAUGAGUCACACUUUAGCACUGAUGCCCUUCUACCAUAGCAUCAAUUCUUUAUAACUCUUGCUGAUAUGGUCACCAAUGCCUUGACCUUCUAAAUCCCCCUCAGUGACAGGUCACAGAUGUUUCAUUUCAAAGUGUGCCACAAAUGCUAAAAGUUGAAAACCACCAUUCUAAAUGGAGGAGAAUAUUUUAGGACUUAGAAGAUGUAGAACAAUCUGCUGAGAAAAAUAUCAAAUGUGGAAACAACACAGAAAACAGCAGAGACUGAAAAAAAGAUGACAGACAGAAGAUCAAUAGAUUCAGAACAUUACUUGAACUUAAAAAUGGAACUUGUGGACUACCUGGUGAAUAAAAAUGUUCUGGGAGGGAUUCAGGCGAACAAGAUACAAUCCAAAGACCAGAUGGGAGAGAGAGAGAAGACAGGGGAUGGUAAAGGAAGUAAAUCUAAGCAGACAGAUUUCUUCUCUCCUAUUAAUUUUGUGUAUAGAAAUUAGUAAGAAAAUAGUAUUUUUAGGAAACUGAUAGGUCUAAAUCAAGAUUAUCUUAUGACCUCACUGAAAAGGAAAAGAAAAUGUUUGAGUCCACUCUAGAAGCCACGUAAAUGAAGAGGGAGCAUUGAGACUACCAGCAUGGAGUGGUAAAGAACAGCACAGAUGUAUCUUAUAUUGUACAAAAUCUAAGACUAGAUUAUCGGUGGGACUUUAAAAGUCAGUGGCUGGAUUAAGAACAAAAAUCAAACUAUCCAUUUCCUCUCCUGAGACUAGGAAGACUACGGUAAGGCCUGGGCUUUACUGAUCCAUGGGGCUGUCAUAGCUCAGGUGGGCUCAGGUAUGAGGCAUGCUGGAGCCUCAGCCGGGAGAGCCUUCUUCCCGAAGGAGGAAGGGAGAACCCAACAGCUCACCCACUGGCAGGCUGGUCUACCUGCAGGCUGCCAGGCAUUUACAGCAGACUGUUCUGACCACAUUCUGAACUCGGAGGGGAAUCCCUCUGACUCUAAUGUGUAAAGAAGCCCAGCUGGCCGGUGGGAUAUGGCAUAAGGGGCCUGGGCUGUGAGUUCAUGUCCUGGUGAUUCUGGCGGUCAUUCUUGGACGUCCAAACCUAAGCGAGCAGCUGGGGAGUGUGGCAGUCCAGGGGUUGCUCUCUGCAGGAAAACACAGGCAAGACUUGGGCAGAGGAAUCAGGGGGCUAGUCCUGAAAGCUAGGGUUCCUAGGAAGAGACAGGCCAGCCCACAGGAAGCAGGUGAAAAGGAAGAAGAAAGCUGCCAUUUGGGGGCCCGUGGCUACCAAAGCGGACCCCAGAUCCUGCCCAACCACAAGAAGUCUCAGAUUGCAGCAAAGCAAACACAGACACUAUUUGGGUAAAUCAAACUAGACUGGCUUAUUUGAAGGAUGCAGAAGGAAACCAGCACCACUCACAACACCCAGGUUAAGAUCAGAGAGUCAUUACAUUUUCUGGGACGGGUGGGGAUUCACGUUCCAGAAUCCAGAAUCCUCACUAUGACAUGGAGAGCUACAGAAGAUGGUUGCAUUUUCCGGAUUCUGUCCCCCUCAGACCUUGCACCAAAGUCUACGAUGGACAGGUGACUGAACUCACCUCAUCCGUUUGGGAUUUGGGCCAUUUACAGUAUUUUCAAGUAGUUAAAUCAUCAGACUUGCAGACUAGAACUGUGUGUUCCUGGCAUGUAUCCAGAUAUGGGGAUCAAGAACUUCAGUAGGUGUCACGCCCUCAAGUCAUGAGACCAGGUCUGGAGGUGCCACAAAAAUGAAAUCAACGUACAUGGUCGGGCAGGUCCCAGGACAUGGGUUUAACCAGUGUCACGUGCCCUCCUCCCACAUCUGUGGAACAUGCAGACAUCCGGGUCAAGAGUUACAAACUGAACUCCACCGAGCGGUAUACCUGUAACACUGGCUUCAAGCGGAAAGCCGGGACGUCCACCCUGACAGAGUGCGUGCUUAACAAGACCACGAACACUGCCCACUGGACAAUUCCCAAUCUCAAGUGCAUCACCAGUUCUGAAGCAAGUCUCCACCCUCAGGCUCAUAAAUGCCAUGUGGUUAUGCUCUCUCUAGGAGACCCCUCCCUGACUCAUCUAAAGCCAUCCUCUACAGAAAUGCCGGCAGGGGUGACCCCAGAGCCAGAGAGCACCUCCCUUUCUGGAAAAGAGCCAGCUUUCACUUCCAAGUCAGACAGCACAGUGGCCACAAAGGCAGCUACUGAGCCAGGCUCCAGGCUGAUACCAUCAAAGCCUCCGGCUGCGGGAACCACAGGGGUAAUCAAUAAUGAACCCUCCCGAGCCCCAGCUCAGACAACAGCAAAGGCCUUGGAACACACCCCCUCUGCCACGCAGGAGAUGCCAGGUACCUAUUCAUACAGUUCCGGAACUGUGACUGCGGCCAUCGUCAUGCCUGUCGCUGUGCUCUGUGUAGUAUGUGUGGGACUUCUGGUGUGUUACAAAAGAUCCAGGCAAACUUCGCAGAUACGCACUGUUGCAAUGGAGAACAUGGAAGAGAUACCAAUGACUGGGGGAACCAACGGCAGAGACGAGGAUGCAGAAAACCAAGCACACAACCUAGGAAACUCCAGGGGGGAGCUGAGGGCAGCCAAGGCUGAAGCAAGGAUGCCAACUCUUCCCUAGCCGAAGAGGUCCAAGGAAAGACUCAGGUGUUGGGUGCCAGCAAAGAGCCCGUCAGGAUGAUAAAACAAACAUGUUGGUGUCAUUUUAUCGACCGUGGCCAGCCGAGACACCUCCUGUAUUUGUAGCCUCUCCAGUCUCAGGAUGCCCUGUCUCAAGAGUAGGGCUGACUUCCUAAAGUCCUGGCACUUGAAGCUUUUCUGGGAGUGGCUGGACACCUCGGCCUUCCUUUUACUUCAUUAAGACAUUUAUUCAGGAGAGCUCAUCAGCUUGACUACUCCAUCCCGCAUCCCGACUUGCAGUUCACAAAGAAGAGAAAUAAAUACACCUGCGGCUGGAAGAGAAUUAUGUGGCUCCUCCUGCCUUAUGAGACGGCUGCGAGGAUGAUGACGUCAUCGUAGCUCCUAACCACCGUCUCUCCAGUUAGGUGCUCUGCAUGCACUGAAAAGGAGCAAAGAGGUACUGUGCCCAGUGAGUCCUCUUGAUUUAAGGAUUCAGAAAGAAGGAAACUGAACUCAGUGACAUUUCCCAUAUAUACGUUUUUCUAUUUAUACUCCUUGUCAAUUAUAGCUACGUAUUUUAUAACUGUUAUUUUGAAAUUGUACCUUGUAUAAACAAAAUGUCUAUUUUCAAUACAAAAAAAAAAAAUAGUGCACUGAAAGAAUCACUGAGGAGAAACAUACCACAAAGAAAAAAAAGGAGAAAGCAGGGGAAGACAGAGCUCCAAAUGGUAGAGCUUGGCCUCUCUUUCUAAAAGUAGAAAAAAAAUUCUUGCCUAAAUCUGGAUCUGAUCUCAGUUCUGGAAAAUCUCUAAUAAGACCUCCAUGUGAGAAGCAACAGGUUAUGGCCCAGGUGUGCCUGGCGCACACAGUCUCUUUCCCUGUGUUGUUCUCUUUCUUUCCUUUAGAACAUGUAUUUAUAAAACCACAGGCCUAAUCUCACCUCCUCCUUUUAUUGAUGAGAAAAUUGAGGCCGAUAGCAGUUGACUUGCCCAAGGUCACAUGGCUCCACUGAUGCCAGCUUGGAUGAAAUUUAGGAAGGGCAGUGGGGUAGGAGAGGAGCAGUCCCCACUAUAAAUGGGCCAUGAGCCGCCUCACGCAUAGCCAGGGGCAGCCAGGGAGCCACCGCCAGCAUCCGGGAAGUGGGGCACAGGCUACAGCAGCAAGCAUCCCCGUGCCUCCAGAAGCUCUCAAAGUAUCCAUUCCUUACCAACUUCCCGUCAUCGCUUUAGAUGGUUUCAUCAAAAGGGAAGGAAGGGUAGGAAUUUCAAAUGGCCAGAGUUGGGAUUUUAGAGCCACACCCUUUUUCACUCUCUGCGAUUCUCUUUUCGAACGAGAGGAAACUCACUGCCACGCACGAGCUGAGCCAUGUUCAUUGCCGUCGGGCUCCAUACUUGAUUAUCCUGAACCUGACCGUUGCGACUUUUUGCUUCUCUCUUCAGCCCUGUGUUUCUAGAGUUCACCAUUAACUGGAUCCAUUUUGUUCUUUAUAAGAAGUUUUAAGAGUUUGACCCUUGUCUUAGAAACCAAUCUGACAGAAGACACAACUUACACACAAGCUGGCAGAUGCUCAGCAGAGCCAGAAUUCUGAAAGGUGUCUGUGGCUGUACGAGGGGUGAGUCACAUGGCCACUUCAUGGGUCUGCGGUUCCACUUCACUGUCAUCUUUGGAAAACAAUACGAUGACCUCUGGGGGCCCGUUUCUAAGCUGUAGAAUCACCUGGUUCAGGUCCAUCACAGAAUAAGUCUGUGAUCCAUGAGGCACCAACCAAGUUCAAGCUGGGGAAGUUGCACGACAAAAAAAUAGAUCUAGAAAAGUAGAUCUAGACCCAGAAGCAAGCAGCGUCAGGUGGAGCUGAGGUCUGGAAGGAUGGAGGCCAGGAGGGUGAGGGUGAAUAAAUUAGUGGUUUUUGUUUGUUUGUUUGUUUGUUUGUUUUUUAAGUGAAGAGGUAAAAUGAAUUCUCCUACUGGGUGGUGCAGUUCUCCUAGGGACACGUUUAAGUAACUUGUAUGAUGCCAAAACAUACCACGGCCCCAGAAUUUACCCCCUGAGCAGUGAUGGACAUCUUGAAAUUAGGAACUGUUUUCAUCUUUGAAUUUUCAGGGACUGAUGCAGUGCCCUGCAGGUGACUACCAAAUGCUGGAUAAAUAAAUUAAAAUGUUCUUAA